AUGGAAUCCUUCUUCCAAGCGGCACUAAAUUCCGUCCUGGAGGCGGCAGUUGGGAGCAGCAGGAGUGGCAGGACGAGCACUGCAGACGGCAGUACAAACAACAUCGGAGCCACCAGAACAAACAGUAGUACUGGUACUACAGGAGGGAUUGCUAGCCGCAGUGGAGGAAAUGUUCACAGAUCGUCUCGCCCUACCGAGACGUCAGGCGCAACGUCUGCACGUUCCGGCAAUCCAAAUGCAGUGCAAGGUACAAGAUGUGAACCAGCAAACAGGGACCAAGCACAAAAUACUAGUUUCGACCAGCCGGGGCAACCCAACAAAAAUGGAAGCAGCAAUAAUUUUACUGGUGGGAAGAGAAGUGGCAACAGCAGCAGCUCGUCAAAGGGUGUCAGUAACCCGGAUUCUCAGAAUCCAAGGGGGAACUCUCAGGUGCGGGAUCGGCAAGCAGCAGACAGACUGAAGGACUUGGGAAAUGAAAGUUUUAGGCGAGGCAUGUACGGCUUGGCAGCAGAGUACUAUUCAAAGGCCAUUGAGGUGGAUGCCACAGUUGCAUCGUACUUCACAAACAGAGCCCUCUGUCAUAAACGCGAAAAGCGAUACCCAGAAGCCCUCGAAGACGCUGAGGCAGCUCUGGCCCUUGAUGAAACCAACGUUAAGGGCCUGUACAUCAAGGGCGAUGCGCUUGUGCAACUGGGGGACUAUGACGCCGGAGUUACUCUGCUGGAGAAGGCGCAGAAGGCUUCUUCAUCUGAGGCUGGGAGAGCAGCCAAUGAGAUUCGCCACUCUCUUUUAAACGCGAAGAAACUGAGGAGUGCUCGUUGGCGGAGGCAAAGAUUGGUGGAUAGGAAGGACCUUGAGGCGUUCUUGAGGGAAUGCAUUGAGGUUGCUGCCCAACAGAGAAGGCUACCCCGAGAAGAAGUUGACGGUCGACUGGCGCAGCUAGAACUUCUUGUUGCUGAGGCCGCUGAGGCGGAUGCCCCCUUUGAAGUACCCGACUUCCUUACAUGCAAAAUAUCCAUGGUGCUGCUCACGCCCUCUUCUAGAGACGAAUGCAAUUUACGCCCAUCAAUAAUAGAUUUCCCCACAACUUUUUGGCAGCUGGCUGUGGCGAACGCUCGGUUGCAAGAGCCAUGUGAUGCAAAACGGCUGGUCCCCAACUACGCGGUAAAAGAAGCAACUUCUUGGUUUCUAGAGAGGCAAGUGUGGCAGCUGAGCUAG